UUUCAAUACUCAAACACAACUGGCAUUUGUCCAUCCCUCGCAAUAAAAGCCAAUUGUGCCGUUAUCUUGUCUGUUUUUCUGUGAAUGUAACACAUACAUACAAUAAAAAAUAAGAAAAAACGGAGAAAAAAAGUGUUUUAAAGCUGCCCAAUUGCACUUUAACAACAUUGAGCAAAGAUCGGCUAAGCUAAAAUACAGAGGACAAACCAGAAAUACACGGUUUUGGCUAUACCAUGGCCACUGAAGAGUUGCCAGCUGACCUGGACAAGUUGAAAAUAACACAGACUCAUCCUCUCACCAAGGCUGUGGAACGGAACCCAUUUUACGAUGCGGACAACGGUUUUGAUUCGUCUGAUAACUCCGAAGCAGCAAUGGGCUCUAAACCCCGGUCGCAACAUCGCUGGAAGUGCAGACCCCGCCGAAGAUCCGAAAGUUGUCUACAGGACUGCAAGCAGGAUGAAGCCUUUGUUCCAGCCGAAUCGUUUGAGAUUGUCAGUCCAUUGAGCUGCUCCCACGGAGUGCAGAAGCAUUCGCAAAAGCGAAAUUCCCAUGCGCCACCCAAGAAAAACAUAUUUAGGCAGCCCAUCUUGAGGUACUUGAGCGGUUGCGAACAUGGCAAGUGCAUCGUCCGUAGUGGUCGAAUGCUUCUCUGCAAGCCAAAGGAGGAGACCAGUGAUAUUGUUGGCCAGCCACAGGUCAACGAGGAUUUGAAAGCGAGCGGCUCGUUCGCCUUUCGCGAUGUUAUUGGCGAAUGCAAUGCCAUGCUGGACGAAUCCAAGCGAAGCCCGCUGGGAAACAGUUGGCACUUGUCGAGGAAGUGCAGUUCGUCGAAGGCCCAGCUCUCGGGAAGUGUUCUAGAGGAGCCAGGAUCUUCAGGACUUCAGAGCCAUAAGAGCGACCCAUUCGCCGUCUCCGCCGCCACGAGAUCUCUGUCAGCCAUUUCGCUAAUGGGAGCAACGUGCUCGCAACAGGCCAGCUAUAAUUCCACGAGCCCUGGCAACUGCGACGAUGUAACCAUCGGAGAAUUGGCCAGCUACUUCGACACCAUUGUUCAUAUUCCUAAAAAAAUGUCCUCAAUGGCCGAAAUGAUGUAUAUUUAAUUAUCGUAACCAUUAUUAUUAUUAUUCGCACCCUUUCUCUGAAUAUAUUUUUAAGUUUUAAGUAUGUAUGUUAUUUGUGAAUUUAAUUACACAAUUUCAGCUCUUUUAAAAUUCAGUUGGCUAAACUAAAUAUUUAUAGUGUAUAAUAUGUACAUAGUCAUUGGUAUAUUCUGCGAAUUACAGCAUUUCUAAAUACA